AUGUGGGAAAAUUUAAGAGCUCAGAAGUUGGAUUUGGUGGCCUCCCCUACUGAGAGAUUGACAGAAGAUGAAUGGAUCCAGGUAACGACAAGGUCUAUACUGCAAGAAGAAUCAGCUAAGCUGUGUGCUAUACGCAGGGAGGAGUUUUGCCUUCAGGCUCAGGGGUUUCUGUCUUGCUCUCAUGUUUUCCACAGAAACUGUAUGCAGGCUUUUGAGUGGUAUUCUGGUAGGAAGUGCUGCCCAAUGUGCAGAAGGGAGCAUUACGAAACAUGUGUAAUUCAUGACGCUGCUUGACUUGACAGAUGUCGCUGUUCUACCAGGAGGAUGAUCUUCAAGAGCAGCGCAGCACGGCGCCGACAGUUGCAGGAACUGAAUGACAGCUUUGUCCGAUACUGUCACACCGACAUGGAGGCUUUUCUGAGUGAUAUCGACCGUUCGCUGUCAUCAAGCAGACGAGUCCUCGAACAGCUGGAGAGAAAAGGCAUCUCAGAACCUCGGGAGAACGAGUGGGAGCGACUGAAGAGCCAGGUCGGAAACAAGACACAGUUGGUCAUAAAAUCCUGA